AUGGUCAGGAAACGACAUUUGGAUGGUCCAAAGCUUGAUGACUUAGCGCCGAGAUGGCUGUCGGGAGUCUAUGUUCGAUUGUCAGACAGCUUGAGCAAGGGCCACUUGGUGUAUGUCAAGGACGAUGAUGGCGAGCGGUUUAUCCACACCCUUCAUGUCCGUGCUGGAUUACACGAUCCAGGACCAGUUGAUGGUGAGUUCCAUUCAGAAUUCCCCGAUCCGCCGGAGCGUCGGGUCCGAGGGAAGUCAGCGGGAUCUGGAGAUGUUGUUGGUGUGGCCAAGGCGGAGGUAAUUGAUGAAUCGGUCCUCAAGCAGAGGGCUGGAGCCUUAUUCCAGGACUGGUCUCAGGAGGAGGCGGAAAGGAAGACGAGAAGAUCUAUGGGAUGUUUCGUCACGGAGGACGGCUGGGAGUUACCAGAGCAGCAGGUUCGGUCUCCUGAUGCAGAGUUUGCGGCUGUGUACGUUUCGAUGAACAAUGAGCGCGAGGUGCACGUCGACAAGAACAAUGCAAUGGGGGCGGUGAACCAUGUCCUUCCUUUGAGCAUGCCAACAAGAGGCGGUGAGCUGCGGAUGGAGUUGCGCAAUGGUGAUGUGGUUUCGGGAAAGGCAGUGUGUUCACUUUUGACCCGCACCGACGACAUGCAGUUCUUCCGUGGAAGGGAAAUGCUAUGGGAUUGGGGUUUUCCACUCCCGUUGGACGAAGGCGAUGCAGUGCCGGAGGUGUACAUCAAUGCGUUGUCGGUGUCUUCGGCGAAGCAAACUAAGCGAGUUGAGGAGGAGGUUGUUCCGCUUAGAGGAGGGGGAUGGCAAGAGGUGAUUGAGACUUCUGAUGGAGAGUACCUCUUCAAGUGUGACUGGGCGAUUACCAGAAGAUCCAGUGGUUCUACGACCUCGCCUUGUGAUAUGGUGUUCUCGCGUGGAGAAGGUUCAGUCGAUGUCCCUACUGAGUGCUGGAAUGAUUGUGAAAUGCAGUUGAUUUUGAGCGAAGAUCAUGAAGAAGCGUCUACUGCAGUGGUGCGGCCAUCAGCUUCAUCCAGCCCUUUGUUGCGGAAGACUGAAGCUUCUUAUACGGAUGGGGUUGAGAGCAUCCUUGAAAAACUCACUUCGCCCUUGUCGGUAGUCUACACGGUGAACCCGAGGGAAGUUGUUCCAGUGUUUGAGCGGCGGACGCCUUCGUUGAAGAAGGAGGUGGCUUCGCUUGAGCAUGCCGUCGACAAGGUGAUGUCAGAUGACCCGAGGGUUCGUGAAGACAUGGCCUCGGGUAGAGGAAAGCUUAUCCCCAUGAAGGUUGUCUACACCGUGAAGCCCCCAGAUCCUCCUGCUGAUGGUGAGCCUCUAGCUGAAAACUUCAAACGGAAGUCAAGGAUAGUGAUCUGCGGAAACAUGGCAUCGCACCAAGCGGGCGAGGUCUACGCCAGCACGGCACCAGCGGAGAUCGUGAGGGCGGCCAUAGCCUUAGCGAGGUUCUUCGACUGGAACUUGGGGCUGAUUGACAUUGUGGCGGCGUUCCUUCAAACUCCGUUCAGUGCACUGGAUGGGGCACCGUUGGUUUAUGGUGUUCCACCUAAAGUACUUGUUCGUGCCGGCCUUUGUCGUCCCGGGGAGUUGUGGAAAUUAACACUCGCAGUCUAUGGCCUUCAAGAAAGCCCAAAGCUAUGGGGCUCGUGCAGGGACAUGAGGUUGGCGCAAGUGCAGUUGGUUGUGGAUGGAAAAAGGAUAACCCCCUUGCAAGGACGUGUGGAGCCAUCGUGGUGGUCAAUCAUGCAAGAGGGCUCGGUGCUGAUUGGGAUCCUGGUAGUCUACGUUGAUGAUUUGCUGUUGUGCGCCAGGACUGAGGUCAUCAAGGAGCUGGCGGCAGCGAUUCAGUUUAUGUGGAGGACAAGUCCGUUGCAGCUUGUGACAGAGGGCGAGAUAAGGUUCUUGGGGAUUGAGAUCUCAAGAACAACUCAGGGCUUUGCUUUAUCUCAGAAGUCCUACUUGGAAGAGCUGUUGCGGCUGCACGAGAUCCCUACGAGGAAGCGCGACCGAGUCCCUGUGGGCAAGGAGUCGGGGAGCUUUGUUGCCGGUGAGGAUGAAGCCCCGCAAGAUGAAGCAGAAGUUCGGGCGGCUCAGCAAAUUGCGGGCGAACUCCUCUGGAUCAAGAGAACACGCCCUGAUGUGGCGUUUGUAUGCUCGUUGAUCGGGUCGCUUGCUACAAGGGCCCCGCGGAGGGCGCUGGAGAUUGGGUUGAAAACGUUGGCCUAUCUUCAGAGAACGUCCGAGAGGCGACUGCUGUUUGAGGGCAACUCUCGCUAUUUGGGUGGCUUUGUGGACGCGUCGUUUGCUCCUGACGCGAACAGGUCCCACACGGGAUGGAUAAUCCAGCUGGCCGGAAAUGUGAUCGCAUGGCGUUCUUCGAGGCAGUCGUGCAUUAGCUUGAGUACGGCAGAAGCAGAGCUUGAAGCAGCGGUUGAAGGUUUAGUUGCGAUCCAGGGCAUCCAGGCGGUUUUGCAGGACAUUGGCAUUGGUGCUGGAGUGUUUGCUAUGCAGAUGCAUUCGGACAGUACUGCGGCAUUGGCGAUCGCGCAUGGGUCCUGCAGUUGGCGUACCAGACAUCUCCGUUUGAAAAGCGCCUGGAUCAGCGAGCUCAUCGUUUUAAUUGCCUUGUUGGUACUGGCGCAAGCGGUAUCUGGAGAACGAGUUCAUGAAGAACAUGGUGUCGUGGUUUAUGGAAGUGGAGUGUCUGUAGACUAUGGGCUGUUGACUUGGCUUCUGUUCUGGUGCGUUGUGCUGGUUGGUGUUUUAUCCUGGGAAGCUCUGAAGUGGGUCGCGUGGAUGAUCUAUGAUAGGGCGGCGCCGGGCUCCACCCAGCGGCGUUUGAGAAGGCUUCAGAGGUUGCGAGAUGCAACGGCAGAGGCUAUCCACCGUGAAGUGAGUGCCCGGGUCGGUUCUCGAGCAGAGCAGAGAGCUAGAGAUUCUCGCGAGAGGCCCAGGGACCAACUGCCUGAUCGACCGCGGGAGCCUCGAGAUCCUCAUGCUGAAGAGCGCAUAAAUCUACUUCGGCGACUAGCGCAGGGAAUAAAGGAGACCAAGGAGGCCUCAAUCCAGACCACGGCCUUCACCCCUGUGCACGGUCCGUCUACGAGGAUUAUCUUGAGAUAUGUGCAUGAGCCACCGGAAGCUACCUAUGUGGUGCCAGACAACGAUUGCUUCCAUGUUUACGAUGACUGCCAUGCUUUUAAAUACAGGGGUACCCUGCAGAAAGUCGAGCGAAGAAGGCUUUGCCGAUACUGCAGCAAUCGUGCCGCUGAAGAUCCGGACAAAACGCCGGAGUAUGGGCGGGACCUUGAGAGGGCCCGCGAGUACGAGCGGGUAUUCGACACUACCCUCAUGACGUCUGGACAAAGCUCUCGGGUGGCCGAAACCUGA